CACCUCUGUUCCGUUGUGCGUUUCUUGAACAACACACACACACACACACACACACACGAUUCGAUAAUAUAUAGAGACCUCACACCGCCCCCAGCAACGACAAGAAGAAGAAGAAGCAGAGUAAAGGUUCAGCUGAACCCCAAGGAAGCAAUCUUCAAUCUGCCUGGGGAAGCUAAUCGGGAGGGCAAUUGGGAGGUCAGUCACUGAGGUUUAAAGUAUGGCGAUCGAAGCGCAGCUGCGUCCCGAGAUGAAUAUCGCAGCCGGGUUCCCGAUGCUCGGCUUGCCGUCUUCUUCGUCGCAUCAUGAUUAUAAUGGCGGUUGUGGGUUUAAUUCUAUUGUCACCGCAUCGGGGCACGGCCGGAAGAGGCAGAGGUUGGACCUGGAACAGCUCGUGUACAUGCAGCAGUUGCAGUGCCAGCAGCAGAGGGGUCACCAGAACUUGUGUUUGGUUUCCGGUUUUCAUGAUGGCGUGGCGGAGAGUUACAGGAAGAGGCUGAAUUCUGAGACGGGAUUUGAUCGGCAUGGCGAAGAGAUUGAUCACUAUCUUAGAUUACAGGCCGAGGGACUGAAAUGGCUGUUGAAGGAGCAGAGGCAAAGGCAGGAGGCAGCGCUGCUGAGGAAGAUCGAAUCGCGGGCUCAAUCCCUAUUCCAGCAGAAGGACCAAGAGCUCGCCCGGGCUUCCCGGAAGACGGCGGAGCUGCAGAGCUUACUGGCCAAGUUGGAGACGGAGAACCAGGCGUGGCAGAGGCUGGCGCAGGAGAACGAAGCCAUGGUCGUCUCCCUGAGCAACACGCUGGAGCAGCUGAGGGGCAGGGAGGAGGAAGACGUGGAGUCGUGCUGCGACGAGGUUGCCCCCGACCGGGGAGCGGAGGUGGAAAGCCGAGGAGUGGACAAGACGACGACGGCGACGUGCUGCCGGGCGUGUAAUCAUGGAGAGUCGAGUGUUCUGUUCCUGCCGUGCAGGCACCUCUGCUCCUGCAAGUCCUGCGACGCGUUCCUCGACCGUUGCCCUGUCUGCGGCACUGCGAAGAAAGCCAGCAUCGAGGCUCUGAUUCUGUGACCUGGCUCGAAAGAGAAUGAAGGCAGGCGACAACCUUGAGAUGGACAGGACAUAGCAGAUGAGCAGAAGAACAGAACAGAGUAGUUUGAGUACAGGAAGUUGUUCCGUCUCAUCUUCCUUUCCUCUGUUUUCUUGAGAAUUAGCUUAACAGAUUUAUUUAUUUAUUUCUUUUCUUUUUUUUUUCCUUUUUGCUGUUUUAAAGUAAAUGAAACGGAAAGAAAAACGUACAUAUUUCCCUCUAA